AUGGCUCGGCUGUUUGGGUCCAUUCUCCUGCGGGGAGCGGUUCUCGCCCUUGGGACAGCGGCCCUGGGCGCGAGCGCGCGGUCCUGCACCCUGCCGCACGGCGCGGCGGGCACGUACGAGGCCGAGGACGCCGUGCUGACGGGAACGAGCGUCGACACGGCGCAGGCGGGGUACACGGGCGCGGGCUACGUGACGGGCUUCGACGCGAGCGGCGACAAGAUCACGUUCCACGUCGACAGCAGCAGCGUGGCGCUAUUCGACCUCAGCAUCCGGGCCGCGGCCGUGUACGGCGACAAGCGGACCACGGUGGUGCUCAACGGCGGGGCGAGCAGCGAAGUGUUCCUCGCCGCGGGCACCGCGUUCGCCACCGUCGCCGCCGGCCAGGUGCUGCUCACCACAGGCACCAACACCAUCGACGUCGUCAGCAACUGGGGCUGGUACCUGAUCGACAGCAUCACGCUGGCGCCGGCGGCCGUGCGAGACCCUGCACACGCCGGCGUCGUUGCGGCGCCCGUCAACAGCGCGCCGAGCGCUGGUGCCACCGCCCUGUACCGCUACCUGCGGUCAAUUUAUGGCAGAAAGAUCCUCGCGGGCCAGCAGGACCUCGAGUGGGCGGACUGGGUGGCGGCGCAGACGGGGGGGCGCGCGCCGGCGCUGGUGUCGGUCGACCUGAUGGACUACUCGCCGUCGCGCGUGGAAAGAGGGACGGUGGGGACGGCGGUCGAGGACGCGCUGGCGCACCACGCGCGCGGCGGCAUCGUGUCGGUGCUGUGGCACUGGAACGCGCCGGCCGGGCUGUACGACACGGAAGAGAACAGGUGGUGGUCGGGCUUCUACACGCGCGCCACCGACUUCGACGUGGCGGCGGCGCUGGCCGACGUCGCCGGCGCCAACUACACGCUGCUGCUGCGCGACGUCGACGCCGUCGCCGCCCAGCUGAAGAGGUUGCAGGCCGCCGGCGUGCCCGUGCUGUGGCGCCCGCUGCACGAGGCCGAGGGUGGCUGGUUCUGGUGGGGAGCCAAGGGGCCUGAGGCCGCCAAGCAGCUGUAUGCUCUGCUCUACGAGCGCCUGACCGUCUUCCACGGGCUCGACAACUUGCUGUGGGUGUGGAACUCGGUCGCGCCGGAAUGGUACCCCGGCGACGCUACUGUUGACAUUGUCAGCGCCGACGUCUAUGCCCAGGGCAACGGGCCCAUGUCGACGCAGUACAACCAGCUCGUCGACCUGGGCCGCGACUCCAAGAUGAUUGCGGCCGCCGAGGUGGGCGCGGCGCCGCUGCCGGACCUGCUGCAGGCGUACGGCGCCCACUGGCUGUGGUUCGCCGUCUGGGGCGACAACUUCGUCAACGGCCCGGACUGGAACUCGCUGGACACGCUAAAGAAGGUUUACUCGAGCGACUACGUCCUCACCCUCGACGAGAUCCAGGGCUGGCAGGGUUGA